AUGUCAAAUGAGAGAGUGAUACCGCAAACAGUUAUGUUCCCUGAAGUAGAGCAAGUAGCAUACAGGAACAAGAGAUGUGUUAUAUUUUUCUCAACAAAAUCAUUAGAAAAAGAAUUAUUAAUCGAAUUUCCUUUUGAAAUCGUUUUCUUCACAUUACCACUCGGCGAUGAGCAUAUACUCGUAGUAGAUAAGGCAAGACCCAAUACAUUAAUACUUUAUAAUUAUAGAGAAAAAUGCGAAGUUACAUCAAUUGCAGUGGCCAGCGAUAUUUUAGAAUUUUAUUCAUCAAGAAAUUACGCUUGUGCAGUAUUUGAUGUUGGCGCUAUUGUAGUUUCAUCAAAUCCUUUAAUUUUAUUAUAUACAUUAAAAACUCCAUCAGUACCAGCAGCAAUUUCACUUGUAUCAACUCCUGAUGAUCCAAGUCACUGUAUCUUUUCUCAUGAAGAUGAUAUAUCUGAAGGAAAUAUCGUAAUUCAUCGAAUUCCAUCUUCUGCUCCUACAACUACCUUCAGAGUUGCAAAAUCUGGUAUCAGAUGUGCAUCUAUAUCAUACAACGGUAAAUAUAUUGCUACUACAUCCAUCAAAGGAACAAUUGUCAGAUUAUAUGAUAUAAAUGGUAAACUAAUUCAAGAAUCUCGACGCGGAUUCUUCAAUGCUAAGAUCGUACAUGUGUCCUUCUCCCCAGAUUCACGCUUCUUUAGCGUUACAAGUUCGCAUCAAACAGCUCAUAUUUUUAAAUGCGAAAAGAGUGAGAGCGAUGGCUAUUUCCUACCAAAGGCAGAGGUCCUUGUACCUCUUGAAGGCUCUAAAACCAUUCGCGCGCAUAUUCUCGAAGGAGGACACAGUUUGUGCCUUACAAACGAGAAAGGAGCUUGUCUGAUAUACUCUAUUGACGUCAAUACUGGCGAAAGUGGCCUCAAGAGUCAAAUUAUGCUUCCAACAAUAGCCAAAAUGUUUUGUCCCAGUAUUUAA